UUUAGUUUAUAUUCCUUAUGUAUUUGAAAAUUAUAAUGUAUGUAACAUAAUUCAUUACCAUCGUUUCGCAAUAAGAGACAUAGGUCAAUCAUGUAAAUUAUUCAUAUUAUAGACACAUUUGAGAUAACAAUGGAUGACGACUGUUGAUUGUCGUACCGAAUAUCGACAUUUGAUUGUUAUACCGAAUACUGGAAAAUGUUAUAAAAAAGGAAAAAUCAUUUGCUUCAUAACUAGAGUCAUUUUACUAUCGAAUGAGGUAAGGCGUACUCUGUAGUGUUUUGUCGUUUUCGCAGCUUAGUUUUGGUAAUUAUUGGCAUAAAUAUAUAAAACAGAAAGAACGUACAGAUACGAGACAGUAUGUCGUUUCUGAAAAUAUUGGUAAGUUUGGGUCUAAUACUCUGCGCCACAAAAGCUCACGAAGAUUCAGAGAAUAGUUCGGACACAGUUAAUUAUCGUUUAUCAGACAACGUUGUGCCAAUUCACUAUGAUAUCGAAAUAAUACCGUAUAUCAAACAGGGUAAUUUUACCUUUGAUGGUAAAACUCAUAUUAUUAUCGAAAUUCGCCAUUCGACGAAAAACUUGAGCUUGCACGCACUAGAUCUGACUAUCGAUGAAACAGCAACAUCGUUGAUCGACAAAGAUAGCGUUACACAUACGCCGACAGCGCAUACUUAUAAUAAUCGAACAGAAAUCCUAACUCUUCAUUUUGACGAUGAGUUAUCUCCUGGAAUUUACGAUCUCAAUAUAAAAUUUGUUGGCACUUUAAAUGACAGAUUGCAUGGUUUCUUUAGAACACGGUACUUUAAUGAAGAAGGAAACGCAGUGUGGUUGGCCGCAACUCAUUUCGAGGCGACUUCGGCACGACGAGCGUUCCCUUGUUGGGACGAACCGGCAUUAAAAGCUACUUUCAAUAUCUCCAUAAAACAUCACCGAAAUUAUACAGCUUUGUCAAAUAUGCCGGUACGAGAACAAUUGGAAGAAGAAGACGACAUGGUGUGGACACAUUUUGAUAAGACUCCCAUUAUGUCUACAUAUUUAGUAGCGUAUGUAGUGUCCGAUUAUGUUAAUGUUCCCGGAGCAAAUGGAACGCUCAAUAUGUGGUGCAGAUCAGCAUUGGCUCCGCACUCAAAACUUGCGCAGGAGGUUGCUCAAAAGGCUAAAGAGAUAUUGACAGAAUAUACUAACAUUACCGAUAUAGUUCCGAAAAUGGAUCACGUAGCAGUUCCACAAUUCGCCGCAGGUGCAAUGGAAAACUGGGGACUCAUCAUUUAUCACGAAAACAGCUUUGCGUACAAUGAAAAAGAAAAUAGAGUGUCUCGUAAAGAACGUGUAGCGGUAACAGCAGCACAUGAAAUGGCGCAUCAAUGGUUUGGUAAUAUAGUUAGUCCAUUAUGGUGGUCUCACGUGUGGUUAAAUGAAGGAUUUGCAUCAUUCUUCGAAGAGUACAUUCUUGAUCAGAUUUUCAAAGAAUGGCGAGUAAUGGAAUUCUUCGUUAUCAAAGUUCAGCAAACAGCUCUUCAUAUGGAUAUUGCUAAGAAUAUGAAACCUAUUAUGUUUGAAGUCAAUGAACCCUAUGAAAUUAUGACACUCUUUUCUUAUUCAAGUUACGGCAAAGCACCUGCUAUAUUGCGCAUGUUACAACAUAUUGUUAGCCCUGAAGUAUUUCGAAACGGUAUCGUUAAAUAUUUACAUACACAUCAGUUUAGUUCAGCUACUUCUCAUGAUUUGUGUGAGGCCUUGCAAGCAGUUCUAGAUGAAUCAGAUGUUCCACAUGACGGUUAUAAGUUAAAAGAUGUAAUGGAUACCUGGUUAAAACAACGGCAUUAUCCCGUGAUAUACGUAACUCGUAAUAAUGAUACUGAUGAGAUAAUACUAACACAGGAACAUUUUCGUCCAAAAGACGAAGAUCAGAACGUCGAUACUGAUAAGUGGUGGGUACCUGUAACUUUUGCUACGCAAACAAAUCCUGAUUUCUCCAAUACUUUGCCUACUCGUUGGCUACGACCACAAGAUAAAAGUAUAAGCAUUGAUGGAAUUGAUCCAAAUGACUGGAUCAUAGUUAAUAUACAACAAAUGGGAUACUAUCGAGUUAAUUAUGAUACCUCAAAUUGGGAAAAAAUUGCAAACUAUCUCAAUUCUGAUAACUAUACGAAAAUACAUGUAAUCAAUCGAGUACAAAUCAUUGAUGACGCUUAUCAUUUUAUGAUGGCAAAUCAACUCGAUGUCCAGAUAUUUAUGAAUCUAGCACACUAUCUGUCCCGGGAAACGGAUUAUAUAGCAUUAUAUCCUAUGUUUGAAUUACUAGAUUAUACGCAACAUUUUUAUCGUGAUCCAAAAAAUGAAGAUUUGAAGCAAUACGUACUUCAUAUUUUGGAUGGAAUUAUUAAAAAUGUAGGAUAUGAAGAAGAUCCUGCUGAAGAUGAUUUUACAAAACUUAAGAGAGCCAAAGCAUUAUAUUGGGCGUGUAAUUUUGGUCAUUCUGAAUGUGAAGAGAUGGCUGCUAUUAAAUUAAAUGAAUUUCUUGAAAAUCCUGAAGAACAUAGAGUACCGCCUGAGUUAGAAGAAUGGACAUUUUGUUAUGGAAUCAAGGAAGCCAACGUGUCUACUUGGAAUAAACUCUUUACUGUGUAUCUUAUUGAACAAGAUGAAAACAUAUUAGAAUACUUGUCUUGUUCUAAAAAUCCUGAUGUUUCGCGCGAUCUUGUUAAUAUUGGCCUCCUUGAGAUAUUAUUACAAACUCAAAGUAAUCCUACAAAUUUGAGAAAUAUUAUUGAAAAAUAUUCAAACAGCACAUUAAUUGAAACAAUGUCUGAAAAUAUAAAAGAAAACUUAAGCAAAAUUGUCUGGGAAUAUAUGAAAGAUAUGGAAAGAAAUGAAACAUACACUACCUUAAGGUUCGCACAAAUAUUUAAAAGGAUGAUCGGUAUGACAUAUGUAAAAGUAUUAGUGACUCUAGGCCUAAAAUUUAUCGCUGUAACAGCACUUCCUGUCGACGGAGAUGACUCGAGCACGAUGAUUAAUUAUCGUUUACCAAACAACAUAGUACCAGUUCAUUAUGACGUCGAGAUAAUACCAUAUAUCGAAGAGGGUAAUUUUACCUUUGAUGGUAAAUCCCGUAUUAUCAUCGAAAUUCAUCGUGCAACACGAGACUUGAGUUUACAUGUACUGGAGUUGACAAUUGAUGAAACAAUGACAUCUUUGAUUAGCAAAGAUUUCGUUAUCCAUACGCCGACAGCGCACAAUUAUAACAAUGAUACACAAAUUUUGUCACUCCAUUUUGAAGAUGAGUUACCUCCUGGAAUCUACAGCCUUAACAUACAAUUUGUCGGUAUUUUAAAUGACAAUUUGCGUGGUUUCUUCAGAACCUCCUACACCAACGAGGCAGGUGACAAAGUAUGGUUAGCCGCAACUCAUUUCGAGGCGACUUCGGCACGACGAGCGUUCCCUUGUUGGGACGAGCCGGCAUUAAAAGCCACUUUCAAUAUCUCCAUAAAACAUCAUCGAAACUAUACAGCUCUGUCAAAUAUGCCUAUACGGGAACAAUCGGAUGAAGAAGACGACAUGGUGUGGACGCACUUUGACAGGACUCCCGUCAUGUCCACAUAUCUCGUGGCGUUUGUAGUGUCUGAUUAUAUUAGUAUUCCUAGUGCAAAUGGAACGUUCAACAUGUGGUGCAGACCAGCAUUGGCUCCAUAUUUAAAAUUUGCGCAGGAUGUUGCCAAAAAGGCUAAAGAGAUAUUGACAGAAUAUACUAACAUCACCGAUAAAGUUCCAAAAAUGGAUCUUGUAGCGGUUCCGCAAUUCACAGCUGGCGCAAUGGAAAAUUGGGGCCUUAUUAUUUAUGUCGAAAACAACUUUAAGUACUCUAAAAUAGAAGAUGGAAUGACCCAAAAACUACGAGUAGCGGUGACAGCAGCACAUGAAAUAGCGCAUCAAUGGUUUGGUAAUAUAGUCAGUCCGUUAUGGUGGUCUCAUGUAUGGCUAAACGAAGGAUUAGCAACAUUUUUCGAAGAGUAUAUCCUCGAUCAGAUUUUUAAAGAAUGGCGAGUAAUGGAAUUUUUCGUUAUUAAAGUUCAGCAAACAGCCCUUCAUAUGGACAUUGGUAAGAAGGUGAAACCUGUUAUAUAUGAGGUCAAUACUCCCGAAGAAAUUGCUACACUCUUUUCUUAUUCAAGUUACGGAAAAGCACCUGCUAUAUUGCGUAUGUUACAAUAUAUUAUUACCCCUGAAGUAUUUCGGAACGGUAUCAUUAAAUAUUUACAUACACAUCAGUUUAGUUCGGCAGAUUCGGACGAUUUAUGGAACGCCUUACAAGCAGUUUUGGAUGAAUCAGAUGUUCCACAUGACGACUAUAGAUUGAAAGAUGUAAUGAAUACCUGGUUAAAACAAAGACAUUACCCCGUGAUACACGUGACUCGUAAUAACGAUACCGAUGAAAUAAUACUAAGGCAGGAACAUUAUCCACAAAACAAAAGUGAGCACGUUGAUAGUGAUAAGUGGUGGGUACCUUUGUCUUUUGUCACACAGACAAAUCCUGAUUUCUCCAAUACUUUGCCUACUCGUUGGUUAAGACCACAAGAUGAAAAUAUAAGUAUUGAUGGAAUUGAUCCAAAUGACUGGAUCAUAAUUAAUGUACAACAAAUGGGAUACUAUCGAGUUAAUUAUGAUAAUUCAAAUUGGCGAAAACUUGCAAGCUAUCUUAAUUCAGAGAAUUAUGCAAAGAUACAUGUACUUAAUCGAGCUCAAAUCAUUAAUGAUGCUUUUCAUUUUAUGAUGGCAAAACAACUCGAUGUACAGAUAUUUUUAGAUCUUGCAGUAUACUUAUCUCAGGAAACAGAUUUUAUAGCAUUAUAUCCUAUGUUUGAAUUAUUGGAAUAUACAGUAGAUUUUUACAAAUUUCCAGAAAAUGAUAAUUUUAAGCAAUAUGUACUUCAUAUUUUGGAUGGACUUAUUAAAAAUGUAGGAUAUGAAGAGAAUCCUGCCGAAGAUGAUUUUACACAACUUAAGAGAGCCAAUACAUUAAAAUGGGCGUGUAAUUUUGGUCACUCUGAAUGUAAAAAAAGAGCCACUAUUAAAUUAAGUGAAUUUCUUACAAAUCCUGAAGCACAUAAAAUAUCAACUGAAUUAAGGGAUUGGAUGUUCUGUAAUGGAAUGAUGGAAGCCAACGUAUCUACUUGGAAUAAAUUCAGGAAUAUAUAUAUUAAGCAAAACAAAAGUAUGGACAUUUCAUUGAUAUUAGAAUAUUUAACUUGUUCCGAAAAUCUUGAUAUUUUGGUCAAUUUGUUAAACGAAACUUUGAAUGAUGUAAUAAACAAGAACUAUUAUCAAAUGAUUUUAUCAAACAUUAUUCAGAAACACUCAAACAACGAUGCAGUACUUGAUUAUAUAUUAGCAAAUUUAGAUGAAAUAGUUCCAAGAUCAUAUAAAUAUGGUGUAAUAUUUGGUAUUAUUAAAAGCGUGCAUUCUUAUGAACGGCUUGAUCAUAUAAGAGACUUUGUGAAAAAUAAUUUCAAUGAGAAACUCGAAGAUGUUCAAAGCCAGAUAGAAACGAGAAAAUUUGAACUGACGAAUAUAUUGAACUCAUUUUGAUAAUUUAUAAUAAAAAUAAUAAAUUGUGAAAAACUGUGAGUAGAUUA